CUCAUUAUCUCAACCUUCUUGUGCUAUAUAUAUUAACACACUUUCACUCUCGCAUUCUAAUUCUAAGUAAAACAUAAAAACACCUUCCUAGUUUCUCCUAAGUUGUUUAUUUUUUUUUAUCAUUCAUGUCUCAAGAAGGUUCUAGAAACAUUGAUCUCACGCUAGGAGAACCCAAAGAAGAACCAGAAACGGAGGAUGGCUCAGCGAUAAACGUGAUGCCGAUGGCGAUGCACGUGCCGACGGGGAUAUCCAUGUCCAUGCAAGUAAACAAGGCUUUAAUACAAGCCCAAGCCCAAGCCCAAACCCAAGUAAUCCAACACCAACAACCGCUUCAAAAGAGAGCCUCCACGAAAGACCGUCACACAAAAGUAGAAGGUAGAGGUCGUCGGAUCCGAAUGCCUGCCACGUGUGCGGCUCGGAUCUUUCAAUUGACCCGAGAACUCGGUCAUAAAUCCGACGGCGAAACAAUCCGGUGGCUCCUCGAACACGCCGAGCCCGCCAUUAUCGCCGCCACCGGAACCGGCACCGUCCCCGCCAUCGCGAUGUCCGUUAACGGCACUCUCAAGAUCCCAACAACUUCUCCCAAUAAAAGCUCCGACCCGGAACAAAACCAACAACAACUGGAAGAUUCACCUGAUAAGAAGAAACGUAAACGACCAGUUAAUAGUGCUUACGUGGAUAUAAACGACAGCACCGUUUCAGUUUCAGCAGGUUUAAUAACAACCUCAAUUUCAAACGCAAACAUAAACACAAACCUAACUACCACUGCUAUAAUUCCGCAACAAACUGCAAUUCCGUUACCGCAAAAUAUGGUACCUGUGUGGGCCAUACCAUCAAACGCAGUCGUUCCAGCGGGAAGUGCUUUUUUCGUGGUUCCAACGAAUCAGCCUCAGUUUUUCACGUUAGCAAGACCAAUCUCCGCUUUCGUUUCCUCCAUGGUAACACCCGUUCAAAUUCAACAAACUUCCACGUCAUCCAACACGUGUUCGAUUUCACCUCCAUCAAAAUCUCCGGCGAGAGCGUCGGUUAUGGCUCCGACCGCCGCCGCCACAACCACCACGCAGAUGCUGAGGGAUUUUUCGUUGGAGAUUUAUGAUAGGCAAGAGCUUCAGUUAUUGUCGCGAUCUUCUUCGAAGCAUUGAAGUGAAGCAGAACGUUGAAUUUCGUUAGCGACGUUGUCUUGGAGAAGAGCACGUGCGCACGUGAGUGGGGGGUUAUAAAAUGGUGGGGACCACGUGUGUGUGUGGGUCAACACGAAAAGUGGGGGGGGGGGGGGGGGGGGG